AUGUUGAUUGCAACCAUGAUUGCGAGCUUCCUUACUCUCGGUCCUGUCCAGGCCUUCGGUGUAUUUCAGGCGCACUUGAGCAGCGAAGACGCAGUCCGAGACGGCCUUCUACGGCCUCAACAAAUCCAGGAGAAGUCUCUAAUCGCACUGAUAGGCUCACUGGCGAACGGCGGAAUUGUGGCUCUGUUUGGGAUAUGGUUCGUUCCUAAGCUACCGUGGAUCGGAAGCAAUAUCAAAUAUGUUUGUCUCGCGGGAUCACUCCUGAUGUCAUUUUCGAUGGCAAUUGGGAUGGCCAGUACUGAGCUGUGGCAUCUCCUUCUUAGCGAAGGAUUGGCCUUCGGAGUGGGUUCCGGUAUAGUGGCAAAUACCUUACCGUCGAUACUUCCAGAAUAUUUCAGCACAAAAAGUGGGUUAGCCCAAGGAUUUGUCGCUGCAGCUGGUGGUAUGGGCGGUGUUUUUUACUCGAAAUUGGGAGACGUGCUCCUUACCCAACGGACCCAGACCGCGUUUCUCAUGUUCUCACUUGUUGGCCUCUAUCUCAGUAUUUUCUCCACCCUGCUCGCGCAGCCUGCGCGCAAUGUCAGCCGGCGCAAAACAACCAUGGUCGACUGGAGUACGCUCAAAAAUCCCAGCUUCUGCCUGUUCAUGGUGGUCAAUCUCCUUGUGCCCCUGACUCUUCGGACACCUACAUCAUUUGGUCCAAUAUUUGGCAAAUCAAUGGGACUUUCUCCGAGCAAGGCCGCAAGCAUACACGCCUGGAUGAGUCUUGUGGGCAUACCAACGCGCUUGGUGGUUGGAACCAUGGCAGACAAGGCCGGGCACCAGAACACUUGCUUGUUGAUGACAGCACUAUGUGCAGCCACUGUAUUGGUGAUAUGGCUCCCCGCAGCCCUUACGGGCAACCAGACCAUGUGGACGGUAUUCAUGAUGGGUUGGGGCCUCAUCAACGGCACUUUCCUCCAGCUAAUCAAUUCGGUCGGCCAAAGGCUCUUCGGUCCCGAGCUGUACUAUUCAUACAACGGGACAUUCACUUCACUCAGGGGGCUUGGAUUCGUGAUGGGCGGACCCCUCGCAGGUGCUCUCUUAAGACAUAAGACAGAGAGAAUGGAGCCACGUCAAUUCUUACCGGUGAUUGUGUGUACGGGACUAGCGAUGCUGGCAAGCACGGUAUCAUUAGUGUAUGUACGGAUAUUGGAUGCAAAGAAGCAGGGGUGGAAAUGGGCCAGGUAA